AUGAGGGAUAAAACAAACUUCACAUUUUUAUACCCGGUCGAAAACCUCCCAAAUCGACAGGGCAAGAUACCAAUGAUACGCAUGCGUAACCCUUGGGGCAAUGAAGCCGAGUGGAAUGGCCCGUGGAGUGACAGCUCCGCCGAGUGGCGCUACAUCCCAGAAGACCAGAAGCAGGAAAUCGGACUCACCUUCGAUAGAGAUGGCGAGUUCUGGAUGUCAUUCCAAGAUUUCCUGCACCAUUUCGACAGAGUGGAGAUUUGCAAUUUGUCUCCCGACUCUUUGACAGAGGACCAACAGAACAGUGGCAAGCGCAAGUGGGAGAUGUCCAUGUACGAGGGUGAAUGGACACCAGGCGUGACAGCUGGCGGCUGCCGUAACUUCCUGGACACUUUCUGGCACAAUCCCCAGUAUAUAAUUACGCUGGUGGAUCCCGAUGGCAAGGCCGAUACGAUAACACCGGGAUACCCAACACCCAAGCCACUGGAUCCGCAGAAGGAGAGCUUGAGACGUUUGUUUGACAGCAUCGCUGGCAAGGACAUGGAAGUUGAUUGGAUGGAGCUGAAACGUAUCCUGGAUCACUCGAUGAGAGAUGAUUUGCCAAAGCCAGUUGUCUAUAAUCGUUUUACCGCCAACAAUGCAUUUGAGACGCAGGCAGCAGGAAGGCCGUUCAACGUUUCAUGGACAUGGGCGACUUUCCCAACUCUGAAGGGCAUGCAAAAGCAACAGCAGCAGCAGCAGCAGCAGACUCUGCUCUGA